AUGGAUCGGGAAGAGACCAUUAAGCUGACGGUCAAGUCACUAUUGGAAGUUGUGCAGACGGGUGCGAAGAACAUUGAGAUUGCCAUCAUGGCGCCUGGCAAGCCCAUCGAGAUGCUGCCGGUAGAGGACAUUGAGAAGUAUGUGGAGAACAUCAACGUGGAGAAGCAAGAGGAGGCGGCAAACAGGAGGCCUGGACGGACACCUGGUACAGGCACUGCGGCCAUUCUGACACGCCCUGCACCGACUGAGGGGCCAGGCCCGAGCGCAUAG